AUGUGCCUGGGGAGGCCUGUUUCCAUCGUCCACACCGAGGAUGUGCCACUGGCCGGGCGCGGGGGCCAUGCGAUACCCGGCUACUCUGGGCACGUUCCGGGCAAGGGGCCCGAAGGAGCCAACAUGGGCAAGCGCUUUGCUGCAGCCAACGAGCAUGGCUUCCGCAGCUUGCGAGGCGAACCGUCGCAAGCGCAGGCUUCAAAUCAUCGAAAGUGUCGAGAUCCUCACGGCAACAUCCCAGGUUACAGCGGUCACAUCCCCGGCAAGCUGGAGGAUAGCUUCGGCGCCACAUGGCACUCCGUCAACCUGCGGCUGGCCUCUGCUGACUCCAAAGUCCCGAUGUCGACCCCUCGUGCGGAGGUCCGACCAGGCGAGUGGGCAAGAUCUGAGCGGCGGCCGCUUGCGCCCGAAGCGGCAGAGGGAUCGGCGAUGUUACGCCCAGGGACAGGCCAGGCAGCUUCGGCUGUUCCCGGUUACUCGGGGCAUGUGCCAGGCAAGCUUUCCGAGAACAUUGUCGGUGCCAGAUGCGCAGCGGCGAAUGCUAUAGCGGCAACCGCCGAGCCUGGCACCAUCAAGUG